GCUACGCGUCAUUGUCGUAUCUUGAAAAUUAGUACGAAGGUAGUGCAGUGAAUGAACCCCGUCUUCAAAUCAAAGAUUUUCCGUGUAAUAAUAAUUAAAUACCUUAAGGUGAAGACAACGUCGUGGAUGUUAAUCGGUGUUGUGUUUCGCUGUUUGGACUCUAUUGAGAUGUCUGCUUUGAGUGUGAGGGCGCCCGGCCUACAGGCCACGACGACUGUGCUGGACACUAGGUCGCUUCGAGUUCGCGGAGUUACCGCUCUCGAUGGUGUCAGAAGGAAUUUAUUCGGCUGUACCGAUAGAGAAGAGAAUAGAAGAUUCGUUGAGAGAGAAUUGGCGAGACAAUUGGAAUUGGACAGUCAAAGAUGGGGCUUCGAUUUUGCAAAUGAACAACCUUUACCGGGCAUUCAGAGAUUCGCGUGGCAAUUAGUACCAGCGUCUGCAGUUCCGGUAGCGUUAAGAAGGUCACCGAUCACAACCUCGAUGCCGAAACAGAAUACAUCCACCCAGGAGGCUAAAGUUUCAAGUCCAGAGAGCACCAAGACCCAAAAGAGAAUAACAGAUUUCUUGAAGCCCCGGAAAAGGCUAUCGGGGAACGGGAAGAAGUCCCCCGCGCACAGCCACAAGCACGAGUGUGGUCACGGGGCUCACAUUCGUCCUCCCAAGGUGGCUCGUCUAUCGCAGCCGCAUUUCAAACGCACGAGCUAGGCCUUCCUGCACCGCCUACCCACUGCCGGCCAGAUUGAACAAAACCAUCCCAGGACUCUUGGGCAGCUCUGUGAACCCAUUCUCUAUUUGUAGCCAAAUCCCUCGCGCAGGCCAGUGACGCUUAAACGUUCGAAACCUAAAUAAAAUCAUGUGCUGUUCAAUAUGGCGGACGGCUUUUUAUUUUAUGAAAUUGUGCAAAUUUAAUUUUUAAUUUCUUAAUUUAUUUUGAGUACCGUGACGUGUUCGCGCUCGCGGAAUAUAAUAAUGUUAAGUAAUUUGUAAGAUAAUUCAUAGAUAGAUACGGAUAGCUUAUAAUUAUUAUUGAUGUUUUACGUAAAUUCACUUGUCACGCGACGCAUCACAAUACAGUUCGCCCCCUCCUUCGCCGCUCGACAGAACUGUUCCUGCAACAAAAGCAAUAUCAUGUUGAACCUAAAACAGACUACACAGUCCCGUUUACAUAGUGACAACUAAUUAUAAGUUUAUUAUGAUCUCUUACAAGUAAAUUAAGUUAUUUAGAUGUAAUAUCAUAGUUUUAAAUGUUAAGGUUUCAAGGACUAAUCGGAUGUGUCUGUUUUCAUUGCCUGGAUGCGUGAAAAGGUAUGGUCACAAUGCGCACGAAUGCUCUGAUUAUGUCGAGUUGUACCCGUUGAAAUCAAAUUUCCCGCCUGCAGCUAGGCAUUUUUAAUGCAUUCAAUAAAAUAUACGAUUUCUUUUUUUGGAUCGUCCCUGUGCUCAAGCAAGGAAGGUGCAAAAGAUAAUCGAACGCAAUUCUUCAAAACCAAUAUCAUUUAGUAUAAGUUAAAUAUAAAAUACAAAUACUCAAUAAAAGACAUUUUCGUUACCGUUCGAUGUAACAGAAUAAAUAGUUAAUAAUGUUAAAGUAUUGCCAAUUUUAAGUUAUAGUAAAAUAUUACGAAGCUACUUUGAGUAUUUGUGUUUGCUCCUUCAUAUUCUUAGUAUAUUUGUUUUGUUGUUGUAUUUUAAUGGAUUAUAUAUAUAUUUACAAAGGAUUAUUGUUUUUUUUUUUAUUGAAUCGUCUCGUUCUAAUCCGACAUAUAAUUCAUUUCACAGAACCGCGGUUCCUUAUAAAAAGAGUACAAAUUUCUCAUUGGUUUUAGGCGAAGGUUCCGCGGUGUUCUAUUAAAAGACAAAAUUCAUUCGGUCAUAAACUAUCAUUCAUGAUUAUCAUUAUUCGAAUAUGUACCUCUUAUAUAUAAAUACUUUGCGUAUAUUUUGUAUUUUGCAAUACAACUUUAUGUGUUGUAUGAAAUAAACGUCAAAUUCCGACAAAGCUGAAUUGCUAAUGAAUUGUUUUACAAUGAAAUUGACCCAUGAUUUAUUUCUGUAACGAUCUUUUAAUUAAUUUUACAGUUUAGCGACUGACUUCAGAUCGGCAGUACGUUAAUUACCUACGUGACCUAAGUUUAUUGGAAAUGACUUUAUUCAUUUAUGAAUUGUGCUUGUUGUCUCGAGAAAUGGACUGGAUCGUUUUAUGAAUUGUAAUUUAACUUCAACAUUUUACCAAAUAUUAGUGUCUGUUUAAAACGAAAUUAAGACAAAUCACAUAUAUGUUUCCGGAACCCUAAGACGAUGAACUCAGUUUCCCGAAUAACACGAGAUUAAUUUAAUUUCUAUUCAGACGCUACUCGUGUCUCAAUCUCUUAGGGUACCUUUCAAUAAUUUUAAUUUCUUUAUAAUUUUUUUUAACACCUGUGAUGUAUUAAAUAUGAUCUCAGAAAGUAAUUUAACGACAUAUUUUGUCAUGUUUAGCUUCUUUUUUUUUUUUAAAUAAGUACAUAAAUACAAAUUCCAAUAUCCCGGGACGGAAACAGAUGAGAAAUAAUUUAAUACAUCAAUAUGUUUUUUUUUGUUUUUUUUUUUUUGUUUAUUGCGAUAUUAUUUUGUAAUUGUGAGGUUUUGUGUUUGAGCGACGAUAAUAAAAUGGUUUUAAAGGCGAUUUUUUUUUCUGUUUAUUAUUAUUAAAACAACGAACGUUUUAUUUUUAGUAAUACUAACACACGAAAUAUCGUAGUCGACUGCAAAACAAACAAAAAAAUCUCUUCCUGUUGAAACUAAAUUUAGACAAACGUUCGAGCCGUGAAAAGAUUAACUAUGAAUGCCCCUACACCGUGUGUUCGAACGAUAAACAGUACAAGACGUAACGCGCUUCUAAAUCGCCUUUAAACUUCGCCUCAUCAAAUUUCGACUGAUUGAGGGUAGGCAUAACU